CUCGUCUCCGCGGCGCCCCUAUCCUCGUUCUGGUUCGAUUGAUUGGCCCGGCGCUUGGCAAAUAGACCGCUGCUGGCCCCAUACCCUUCUUUUCAUCUGUGUCACUCCGCGGUGCUGUCGGAUUUUUCGUAGGAUUCCCGAACUCCAAUUCGGAAACCACGAUAGAAAUGGCAGAGACGACAGCGAAAGCGAGAUCGCUGUCUCCGGGAGCGACAACGUCAGCAGCGGCAGCCGGACCGUCGACAGCAGCAGCAGCGACGACAUCACCUAAAUCGCCAGCCUCGCCGAAGAGUCACUCGUCGGGAGCAGAAGUGACGGGCGAAGUGGUUGGAACCGAGCAGACCAUCCAAGCUGCCGAUAAUCUGGACGAAGAUGACGAUGAUGCAGGGUCGGCGCUGGGUAGUGAGAUACAAUCCUCGACCGGUUCGUUAACCGAGAGUAUCUAUAACUACCGCGUGCUACACGGCAGGACGUUCAAUGCGCCCAAGACGACCGAAUACUGGGCGCCGAACGACGAACAGCAGAAUGAGGGUCUGGAUCUGCUGCAUAACUGCCUCCUGAUGGCCUUGGGCGAUAAACUGUUCCUCGCGCCAAUUGACGAUAACCCGCAAAGAGUGCUCGAUCUCGGCACGGGAACUGGAAUAUGGGCGAUUGACUUUGCCGACAUGUACCCCGGGGCGGAAGUAGUAGGGACAGAUAUCAGCCCAAUACAACCGGUUUGGACACCACCUAACGUUAAAUUCGAGAUCGACGACUGUCUUCUCGAGUGGACAUGGCCUGAAAAUCACUUCGACUUCAUCCACAUUAGAGCGUUAUACGGCAGCAUUCCCGACUGGGGCGAGCUUUACGGCAAGGCCUUCAAACACAUCAAGCCCGGCGGCUGGCUUCAAGACCUAGAGAUGGACGUGCGCAUACAGACCGACCACGUUCACAUCACAGACGAUCAUAUCUUCGAGGAAUGGUCGCGCGGGUUCAUUGAGGCGGGCGACAAGAAUGGGCGUACGUUCGGUAUUAGUCGCGACCAUAUGAUGCGGGACACCAUGAUUGCAGCCGGAUUCGUCGACGUCACGGAGGUUAAGCUCAAGGUGCCGUGCCACGGGUGGCCGCGCGACCCCAAGCUACAGCAGGCCGGCCUGCUAUUGUACGCUAUGCUCGACCAGAGCGUCGAGGGUUUCUGCUUGUACCUGUUUACCAAGGUACUGGGCUGGUCUGUGGAGGAGGUUCUCGUGUUCGUGGCUAGGUUCCGCAACGAGAUGAAGAAGAAGAGUAACUGUGGUUGGAUUCUCACGACUGUGGUAUAUGGUCGCAAGCCCGAGAUAGGGGAAACGUAAUGUUGAUAUCCUAACUGCAAUAUGCAUCGCAUCAGGUUAGCAAUCGAGCAAGGCGCACAUAGUCAAGUUAUCGAAACGAGCCUUUCGUUUAUACGUUCAUACGUUUAUACGUUUAUAUAUUUUAUCAUACUAAAGCAUAGCAUUCGCUAAUGACUGGGGAUUGGCAUGAAGUCGAU